ACUGCGGAUUUUAUUUUCUUUUGUUUUUAUAUUUUUCUUCCGCGGUGCGCUAGGUCAGGAUGUCCUCGGCUGAGCGGGAGGCGCUGUCCCAAGAUGAGCUCCGGAAAAGGCUCUAUCAGACUUUUAAGAAGCGCGGGGUGCUGGACACACUGAAGACACAGCUACGAAACCAGCUAAUCCAUGAGUUAAUGCACCCGAUUUUAAGUGGGGAACUUCMGCCCCAGCAUGUUGCAAGUGAAGAUGGCUCCCUUCUGAUCACAGCCUCCAACAGUUUGGUGGCAGAUCAUCUGCAGAGAUGCGGCUAUGAGUAUUCACUCUCUGUUUUCUUUCCAGAAAGUGGAUUAGAGAAGAAGAAGCUGUUGACCAUGCAAGAUCUUCUUCAGUUAAUCAGGAUCAAUCCAAAGUCCAGUCUUUACAAAUCACUGACUUUGAGAACUCAGAAGGAAAAUAAAAAAGGUACAUAAUAUUUAGGUAUGAUGAACACAAUGAUAUACAUUUCAGCCUUGUUUUGAAUAGCAGAAUAGAAACUUAAGUUCCUGCAGUAWGUGUUAGGUUUGAAUAAUUUGGAUUUAUUAGGAUUUUUAGAGAUACAAUUUUUGUUAUCCUAAUG